AUCGGGAAAAUUUUUUUCUUCCUCUUUGUUGUUUGUUUUUUUGUGAGAAAAUUUCAACUCAUUGUGAUUAUUUUUCUGUUUUCCUUGUUAAUUAAAAUGAGAUUUUAUCCAUUAAUAAGAUUAUCUCGAACUAUUUUAUUCACUGAUAGUUUAUAUUCAGUUAAUUAUCAACGAUUUACUUCAACUUGUUCACAGAGAUGGUCAAUCAACAUGAGUAACAAUUAUUCAACCUCAAGGUACAAAUGUAAUCAUAAUGUUGACAAUUGUUUAACUACCUCUUCGUUGGUUCGUCAAAUGUCCAAUCCAAUGUUUGACCUUAUAUUUGACCUUACAUCAAGUCGAUUAUGUUCACUUUAUCUUAAAUGGUUCCAGUGGAUUCGAUCAGUUAAUAAUUCGUACCAAUCAUCUGUUGCCUAUUUCUCUGAGGGUGAUAAAAAGAAUGAUGGAAAUCCUUUUGAAGGAAAUCCUUUCAACGAUCGAUUCGAUAAAUUAACCAAAGAUCUUCCGCCUUUGUUGAUGGACUUCGUCGAUCCAAUUACAACACCAGGACCAUUUGCAACGAUAAAGAAUAUAUUUAAUCUUUUCUUAGUAAUCAAACCGAAUUACGAUUCAUCGUUUUCAUUGCAAACUUUUCUUGAUGGAACGAGACAGGCUAUUUGUGUAAUUGCCGAUAAUUUGUCCAGAGGAGAAACAGAUUCGUUAGAAGGUCUAGUUGAACCCGAAGCCUUAAGAACAAUUCAAGAGAAUCUUGUUAAAUUUUCUCCAACUCAAUUGGCUGAUUUAAAGGUAGACGAUUCAGAUAUAGUCUUUUGGUUGGCCAAAGAAAUUCGUGCAUUUGAACGGGAUGAUAGAAAAUUUGUCGAAAUCACCGUUAUUUACCAUGUGAUCAGAGGAUAUCAGGAAAAGAUGACCACUCAGGAAAGUCGACCCUUUUUCAUGCCCGAUCCAGAGAUGACCUUUUGUAAUUACAGGUUUAUUCGUGAAUAUACCAAAGGUGUAGACGGAGAUUGGAUCUGUAAUCGACUUAAUCACUUCAAAUGGGGACAUUUCAUCAAGAACAGUCCCUUCGCUCAAUAAAGAAACACAUAUGAGCCUCUACAGUCGCACCUAAAACUUUGGACAGACACAUAAUAGGAGAUGUAAAGACAAUCCCUCGAACUAAGAUGUAAAUUUUACGAAAUUGGAAGAGAAAAACAAAUUAGUCGAAAAGUAUAGCAAUUCUUUAAAUGAACAUUAUCAUCGAAGAGGAAGAAAACAAAAUCACCUUGAGAAAAACUGAUCCACCUUAAUCAUUAGAUUCUAAAUUGUAAUUAAGCUCUAAGGUGUUUCUCCUCUCAGUCAGAUACACUUUGUCUCUCUCACCAAAAAGUGUCAAUGAUUUUUUUUUGUCGUUCGUUGUUCAUAACAGUUUGUAAACCUAAUCAAACAAUUAAAAUCCAUAACAAUUGACUAACUGA